AUGAAUAAUAAGGACUCAUCAAGUGGUGGAGUAAUGCUGGUUAGAAAUGGAGCCGAUAAGCGAGGAACGUACAUCAUGAUGCCAAGUCCUCCAUCUAAUAAUACCAAUACCAAUAACCCGGUCCCUUCUUACCAAAGUCCAGGAAGAAAAUAUAAAUCUGGCGUUCCUCCUCUGGAAAUCGAUCAACUAAACUCGACAACAUCAAUCUUAAAUGCUCUGAUUAGUUCGGAUGAAUUGAAUCCUUUUUCUUCAGACACAGCUCCAAAAAAACAACCACCAAGUUUGAGUUUGAAUCUGAAUGGAUUACAGAACUCGAAAAAGACACCUACUGGAGGACCCCCUUCAAGUAGAGGUUCCACAAAUAGAGGUUCGGUAGGAGGAUAUAAUUCUGCUCGACAAAUGUACAAAACACCACCAUCUCACAAUGUAGCUAGUACAAAUAACACUCCACGAUAUCAAUACUAUCCUUCCCAACCUCAAAUCGGAGGGCUAGUUUCAUCUUCAAUAACAAAUCAAAAAAGCACAAUGAACACUCCAAGGAAUAUCAGUCCAAACACUAAGCAAAACACGGUAGGCUACACUAAAGGAACCACAAAACGAAUAGGAACAGUCUCCAAAACCAACUCGACAAAAUCAAUAACAUCAUCAUCUGGAACAAAAAAGGAAACAAUCAUCACUGCUAAUAUUGGAGCUGCUUCCUAUCUCACUCCAAGACCUCCAGUGCCAAGAAAACCCUCAGUUUCAAAUGUUGCUGUCAUUUCUUCACAGAGCUAUGCAACAGAAGAACCAAGCACAGUCAGCAGUGGUCACUCUCAAACGACAGCACCUAAUAGUGCCAGAAGAUAUAACUUUGCCAAUCCUUCCUCACAAAGUAAUUUGGUUCCACAUCCUCCAACUAGUGGAGCAUCUGCUCAACCUCCAACCCUUAAACUCAAUUUGAAUUUGCAAACAGCCAACUAUAUGAAAGAUGUGGAAUUUGAAGGAUUUGGGUCAGGAGUUCCAGAAACUGUCAAGACUGCUAGAAAUACCACAGCCAAACAACAGCCAUCAAUGCCAAUGAGUGCAAGAGCUGCCAAUGCAGAAACCACUUCAUUCCAAAAUCUUCCUUUCAAAUAUACGUCGGAAGAUAAAACAACAGUGUUCGAUGUUGCCUCAUCAACAAGUACAACAACUAGUAAUCAACAAUCAAAUCCAAGUUCUAGGUCUUCCUCUGUGAGGUCUAUUAGAACUUCUAGUUCUAAUACAGGUGGAAAUGUGAAUCUUAAAUUCCAUGAUCCAAUCACUCCAGCUGCUGCCAUAAAAAUGUAUAGUGAUUACUUGACAGAUUACGAGCAAUCUGAAAUUUUCGAUUUCCACAAAGUGUACUGUAUAGGUAGCACAGCGAGAAAGAUUAAGGGAACAGUAAAUGCCAACGAGGAGAUGAACUUUGGUUAUGACGAUGAAAGGGGUGAUUACAAACUUGUUUUGAAUGAUCAUAUAGGUUACAGAUAUGAAGUUGUUGGAUUUUUGGGAAAGGGAAGUUUUGGUCAAGUAGUCAAGGCCCACGAUGUUAAGGAAAACAAAUUUGUAGCUCUCAAAGUGAUUAGGAAUAGAAAGAGAUUCCACGCCCAAGCUCUUGUUGAAGUUAAAAUAUUGAAACAUCUUAAAGAUAACGAUAAGGAAGGAAAGCACCACUGUAUAGAAAUGGUUGCUUACUUUACUUUCAGACAACAUUUAUGUAUUGCUUUUGAAUUACUGAGUAUUAACCUUUAUGAGUUCAUUAAGAAUAACAAUUUUAGAGGAUUAAGUUUGGCUCUAAUCAGAAAAUUCGCCUUGCAAAUAUUGAAUUCUUUACAAUAUUUGAGUCAAGAAAAGAUAAUUCACUGCGAUCUCAAACCUGAAAACAUCUUGUUGGUAUCUUCCACAAAAUCAGAUAUCAAGAUGAUUGACUUUGGUAGUUCAUGUUUUGAAAAUGAAAGAAUCUAUACAUAUAUUCAGUCAAGAUUUUACAGAUCUCCAGAAAUUAUUCUAGGUAUUUCUUAUGGUCGUUCAAUUGAUAUGUGGAGUUUUGGAUGUAUUCUUGCUGAAUUAUAUACAGGAUAUCCUCUAUUCCCAGGAAGAAACGAAUUGGAACAAUUGUGUUAUAUUAUGGAAGUUAUGGGAAUGCCUUCCAAGAAAUUAAUUCAGAUCAGUACAAGAAGAAAGAAAUUCUUCGACUCUAAUGGUCAACCUAGGUUAGUGAUUAACAAGAAAACUGGCAAGAAGAGAAUUCCAGGAAGUGUCACACUCCAGCAAGCUCUUGACUGUCCAGACAGAAAAUUUGUUUCCUUUAUGGAAGCUUGUUUGAGAUGGGAUCCAGUUGAAAGAAUGACUCCAGAAGAAGCAUUCCGUCAUGAGUGGAUUUUGGAGGCUCUAGCUCCUAGUAAGUAGCUUUCAACAACUUGACAUUAAGAACUUUAAUAGUGAAGCCUCAUUAUUCUAGUGUAGAACAAAGAAAUGAUGAAUAUAAAGGUUAUUCGACUGGUGAU